GAAAACAUACACCAAAUAUUUUCUUGUCUGAACACGAUGACAGGAGCUGAACUUCUGUCUUUAACCAAACAAAGUUCACCAGCUAACAUUGAUGUAACAUGUUUUUACCUGAAAUUACACCAAUCUCCAAAGAGUAACCUGCUCACCAUCAUCAUACAAUUUCCUCCACCUGAACUGACUGUGUAUCCACAGCAGAUCACAGUUUCAGACUCAGUCACAGUGAACUGUGGGAAUCCUUCAUCUGUUUCUGUGGAGAAUUGUUUUUUAUAUUUCAUAAACUCAAAGAUGUACAGAAGCAUUUCCUGUGAGCAAACACUGAUUACAGGAAGUGAGCUCCUGAUGAUGACACAUCAAACUUCACCUGCUGAGGUUGAAUUAAAAUGUUAUUACAUGGUGAAGCGUGGAGGACUGCAUCAGUCUCCAUACAGCAAAACGUCUACAGUCACCGUCCACAAUGUUCAGGAAACAGAAUCGACCAAGUUUCAGAGAGUAACGACUGUCAGUGUGACUGAUGAUGUUCAGGAAACAGAAUCGACCACGUUUCAGAGAGUAACGACUGUCAGUGUGACUGAUGGUCAAACAUUUAGAACAACAGUGGAAACAGAAAGUCCAUUUUCUGAUCCCCCAUCAUCAGUGAAUCCUUCAUUAUUUGGUACAACAGAUUCAAGUGGAAGUACCACAGUCAACACUUUAGGCUCAGUUUCUACUUUGUCAACGUCACCAUCAGAGGCACCAGCUGUUGAGAAUAAGGAUUUUCCUGCAACCACUGUGAUGAUGAUCUGGAGGUUCAUUGCAGUUGGAUUGAUCUCUUUAGUCCUGAUUGGAUUGACUCUAAAAUGUUGCAUAAGCAGAAUGGAGAAAUGUUUUUUGAAAAGAUCAAAAGCUGAAGUUUCAGUGGAGCAGAUCCAGAUAUCUGGUCUGAACAACAGAGAUGGUUUGUUAAAUUUCUGCUUCUGCUAAAACGAUGAAU